ACAGCUGCCUGAAAAUCCCAAAAGUACAAGAAACCAUCAGAUAAGCCAUUCAAUCAAAAUCAAUUUGAUCGUCGCGUAUCAAUAAAAUAAAAAGUUGAGUCGAAUCGUAAUCUUCACCGUGACCGCGAGAGCCUCUUGACCUUACAGCGCACCACGCUGCUGCAACAAGCGAUAAAAAUAACCCAACUAUAGCAAAGUGCAAAAUGUUGGCUGCUAUCAAAGAUUUCUUCUACCGUCAUCGGAGGAAGUUUAUUACGACGGGCGUUCUUCUGGGGAGUGGAAUAUUUCUGAUCAAAAUCGUCCAGUACAAAUUACGCGAGUUCCAGGAACGACAGGCGAAAGAAAUUGCCGAGAAGUUCAAACGGAUGCAACAUUUCGAAUCGACGGAACGGACAUGCAACCAAACGAUAGUGGGGCUUUCUCCCACUGUUUCGGACAAAGCACUGAAGGACUUGAGCACUUCGGAGGUUUUGGAAAAACUUCGUUCCAACCCGGAUAACAAACUGGAGCUUUGGGACGAGCUUAAGAUUUUAGCGUUCAGCAGAAUUGUGGCACUCGUUUAUGCUGCAUCGAUGCUGGCCGUGACCCUAAAGGCCCAGAUCAAUUUGCUCGGGGGAUAUUUGUACAAGGAUACAGUCGGACAGGACGAUAAGCAAAUUACGCUGGACAUUCAAACUAUGUAUCUUUCGACGAUUCAGUACUUUAUGGGAGAUGGCUUGGAUCGGCUUAUGGAGGUAAUCAGAAGGAAUGUGACGGAAGUGAUGCAGCGAUAUAGCCUUAAGCAGCAGCUCUCUCUGGCUGAUGCAGAGACUUUGUUCUGGUCAAUUCAGAUGGCGUUGAAUAACGAUGAGCAAAGCCCCACAAAGAACAUCGCAAAAUAUACUCUUCCGCAGGAAGUGAAUCGAAACGACGUACUCGGACAGAUGCACGAUGAAACACUCGACGUUCUGGAGAGUGCGGAAUUGAUCGACGUUUGUUUAUCAAACGUGACAAAUGGAUUCUCGCUGAUCGUCGACAAGCUGGCAGAGUACUAUGCUGAAGCGGAACCGUCUCAAACGAUUCCUUCCACGUCGAAGUCUGCCCUGAAUGUGGACAGUCUGUCAAAUAUCAACAAUAUCAAAAUUUCGCUUGCGAAGCUGAUUCCCAUUGUUAAUGGAUUAACGUCGAAGGCGCUCGGCAGUCUCGUUGGGGGAGGGCCGUCGGGUGCAUCUAACGGGUUGAAUGGGCUGGAGGUCAGACGUAACGACAUGAUGUCGUCGCUGGUGGCACGCUUUAUGCAGUCGGAGAAGCUUAAAACACUCGGCGUCAACGUGUACGAAACCUUCUGUCAGUAGAGGGAGUUUUUUUUCGUUGCAUUUCCGACCAGUGAGGUUCAAAGAGUUACAUUCGCGCGAUAGGGUGUUAAGGUUUUUUUUUCUAUUAUGGAAAUCGAAGAUAGAUCAGGUUUAGGUGAAAAGACUUAUAAUGUUUAAGCAAAGGAUUGAUGGUACAGGAAAACAGAAUGAAAUAAGAGAUUUUAUAAAAAAAAACAAUGUCAAAACUGUAUUAAAAUAAAAUUUAAUCUUAUGCAAUAAAUAGUUUGCUUAACAGGAAA